AUUACACCACUUCCAUAUACCUGCUGUUGCAGCUUGCUGUUCUUCCAACGGACAAAUAUAACAUCCAACUGUCCAUUUCUUUACGAUCUCAAAAGCUUUGCCACACUCUAUUUUUGAGUUACACACAAAUGGCAACCAUUCACCCAUCUCGCAUGCGUUUGGUUCCCGGGGCAGCUCAACAGCGACUGCCGCCACCGUCCUCUGCAGAAUUACCAUCUCGAGAAGACGAGCUCAAGAAAAGCUUAAUGGAGCGCAGAUCAAGGGAUGACGGAGCUGGGUCGAGGUCCGACAUGGAAAGAGGGAAUAGGGAUGACCGUGAUAGAGCAUAUGAGAGAGACAGGAAGGAUAGCGGUUAUGACCGGGACCGUCGAGACCGAAGAGACGGCAAUGACGGGCGCCAACGGGACGAACCACCCCACCAAGAGCGUCGUGCUUCCCCUUCUUAUCAACCAUACCAUUCGCAUGACAUGACUGGGUCAGCUCCGGCUCCAUCUGGUCCUCCAGGUGCUGGACAUGGGUAUGGCUAUGGGAGACGCGAUGAUAUCCCGCGUGGACCACCCGGAUCAGGUGGAGCUGCUCCUGUUUUCAGAGGAAGCUGGCAAAACCCUCCUCCAAGAUUCAAUGGACCUAUAGACUUUGAGAGACGAAGGCAAGAGCGCAAUGACAGUACAUUCUCAAUCUGGCCUGCAUCUCCGAAGGGACCGCAUCGUGAUGAAGAUGAAAUUGAAGCUGAACGCAAAAAGUCAAAGUCCAAAUCUUCUCGCAAAUCGAAAUCAAAACGGUCAAAACGUUCCAAAUACUCCGAUUCUGAUUCGACUGAUUCUGAAGAAGAACGAAGACGCCGACGUAGAAGACGUGAAAAGGAGAGAGAAAAAGACCGAGGGAAAGACAGGGAGAGAGAAAGGAGGCAUGAUUCGGAUGACGAAGAGCGGGAAAGACGAAAAAGGCGCCGGAGCGAAAAGACGGACGAUGACCAGUGGGUCGAAAAAGGCCAUGAGAGGCAGUCGAAAGGAAAGGAAGUUAUCCCUGCGCCAGUCAAGGAACAAGUCGUUGAAAACGACGAUGACGAUGUUGAAGUUGGACCACAGUUGCCUAAGGAAAUCAAUGAAAAAAGGGGCCGAUCCGCCUUCGCCAACAUGCUUCCCGGUGAAGGAGAAGCUAUCAUGGCAUAUGCCGAAUCUGGUCAACGAAUUCCCCGACGAGGUGAAAUCGGUCUCGAUUCUGAACAAAUUGCGGUAUAUGAAUCCUCUGGCUAUGUCAUGUCGGGUUCUCGUCACCAACGCAUGAACGCAGUUCGCAUGCGCAAAGAGAACCAAGUGAUCAAUGAAGCGGAGAAGAGGGCGAUUCUCAAGCUGCAGCGGGAGGAGAGGAUGAAGAAAGAGGGUGCAAUUGUCAGUCAGUUCAAGGAGAUGAUUGACGAGAAUUUGAGAAAGCAGGGGUUGGAUGGGCAAUAGGGGUAUCAGCAUAUACGCAUCAUGUCAUCUUCCGAACUGAUCAUCUGCCAUACUGCCAUACGAUAGUGUAAAAAUGUGGGCUGGUGGCCGAAGAUGGUAAUAAUUGGAUGCACAAUAGCACAGUAGACCUUUCUUUUGGGGCGGGGUUCUUGAAAUGGACACAGCAGGUGACCCGAGCGGGCUUACGUCAAAGCGUAAUUAAGGAAAACUUAAUACGGCUGAGCCGAAUUGUAAUGCCGUGGAGGAUCUGAUUAGGGAAUUUUGUAAUUAUAACGGAGAAUUGUUUGAUUCUCGUUGGGCCG